AUGUGUUCUCUGAUCAAACUACAGGGAGGUGUGAAUUGUGGUGUAGUUCAGUGGGUUGAUCCUGCCUGGCCUGAUGUACUUAAGAACUACCUCAUCAAGUUGUGGGAAAUGUUCCAUGAGCAAAACCUUGGAAGGAUUCAAGACAAGCAUGCAUAUGAGGAUGAUGUUGCCAAGUUGAAGAAGGACUAUGAUCUGCUCUGCACUGAGUAUCAUAAAAUGGUUGAUGAUGUUAGCAAGAUGUUUGACUGGCAGGAUGGUGUUGGCAAGAUUGACUACCAAAAAGCAAUGGAUGCUGAGAAAUUUGAGAAGCAGAAGGAAGAUCUAGAGCUGGAGAUGAAGAUGGAGAAGCUAAGGCUAGCAAAAGAACAGAUGUGUAUCCUUCAGGCCCAGGCAGACAUAAUUCACAACACCAGGAAGGCAAUGAAAGAGAUAAAGGUGGACAGGGAUCUUCUUGCACAAGAGAAGACAGAGCUUGAGAAAGUAGUUGCUGAUCUACUGAAUGCUGGCCAUGGGAGCAAGGAAAAGCUUAAGAAAAUCAAGGCCAUACUGGAGGCUUGA